UUUGUGGAUUCAAAGGAUUUGCUUUCCCCUCUCAAAGAGCCGCUAUUCUUUGAUGAUUGGGCAGCGGCAAACUUCAAAGUAAUAAAUCUUAUUUCUGACUGGCUGGCGGCCCACCAAAGUCCUUAUCAAAUUCUAAGAAGUGAUCCCUACUCUUCAGAUAGUCCAAGGAUAUCUCGGGAGAAGGAGCUGACCAUUGGAAGACUUCCGUACAUGACAAUCUGGAACCACGUUAGUUUUUAAGUUAUUUUAAUUACACAAAAAAGGGACGAAUAUAAACAGAGUUGGACAUGGCUACGGUGGCUGUGCUACGGAACGACACACUCCAAGCUUUUCUGCAGGACCGCACACCAAACUCCUCACCGGAGACCAGCAAACAUUCACCUCUGGCGCUUCUAGCGGCGACUUGUAACAGGAUUGGGCAUCACGGAUCAAACGCAACUGAUUUCCUUCAAGUCCCAUAUGACACGACCCUCGGCUCUCCAUCGCGAAUAUUCCACCCCUGGAGCAACGAAGGAAACACGCAGGCUGCUCUCUCCAGCAAUCCGGCUUUGGGACUUUCCCCUAAAUCCCAGCUCCCUGCACACAUUCAGUCCUCGUUCGGUCCUCAUCACGAACUGCCUUUAACGCCACCGGCCGACCCCACCUACCCGUAUGAGUUCUCCCCAGUCAAGAUGUUACCAUGUUCCGUGCAAUCAUUACAGUCAAGUUGCCCACCCACGUACGUUCCUGCCGUUACGUAUGCAGCGCCUGCCCCGAUCGCACCUGCGAUACCGGGUUUCGUUCCUGGCCACUCCGGUCUUAUCCAUCAACAGCCGAGACAGCUGUCCCCAAAUCCUGGAGAGGAUAUUCCUUGGUGGAGCCUUCAGCAGGGAAAUCCCGUCAGCCACCCCUCAUCUCUUGCCACCACUCGGUUCCCCUUACAGCGGAGCCUGGUUCUGGGACAUUCGGAUUUCGCUCAAUAUCAGACCCAGAUCGCAGCCUUGCUUCACACCAAAUCCCCCCUGGCCACAGCGCGAAGAUGCCGGAGAUGCAGAUGCCCUAACUGUCAGUCUUCGGGCUCCAGCGAGGAGCCGGGAAAGAAAAAGCAGCACAUCUGUCACAUACCCGGCUGCGGGAAAGUUUACGGGAAAACUUCGCACCUCAAAGCGCACCUCAGGUGGCACUCGGGGGAGAGACCGUUCGUGUGCAACUGGCUCUUCUGCGGCAAGAGCUUCACCAGAUCCGACGAGCUCCAGAGACACCUGAGGACGCACACGGGCGAGAAGCGCUUCGUCUGCCCCAGCUGCUGUAAGCGCUUCAUGAGAAGCGACCAUCUAGCCAAGCAUGUCAAAACGCACCAGAACAAAAAGGUCAAACCGCAAGAAAAGCCCCUAAAUGAAGUAAAAAGGGAAGAUAUCCGAAGCAUUUAGGACACAAGAAUUGCGCUUACGUACUCCCUGUGCAAUAUAUCUAUAUAGAACCUCCAGUCGAAACAUUACCUGGAAAACAAUCAUUUUAAAGGAGUUAUUUGUAAAUUACUAAUGAGGAAUUACCAGUUUCUAUUCAUGGUCGGCAAGUGGAAACAUACUAAUUUGCUAUGUGUAAAUAUGUCCAGACAUAGCCUACUCGUCUUUAAGUACAUUGGAGGAGCUUACUAAAGUUUCGCGCCCAGCAGCUGGUAUUUCUUGUAUAUAUAUAUAUAUAUACAUAUAUUUUGGAAGUUCAAAUUGUUGAACUUGUGUUUUUUUCCCGAACGUUGUCUCCGGUGGAAGAACUAAUUUGUAUAUAAAUCAAUUAAUAGCUUUUGUUGAAUGAAAGUGUCAAGUGUUUUGCCCCAUUGCGGGGCGCCUUCGCAUGCUUUCGGAAAGAAACGACUCUAUACUGUGUGAAAAUAAAAAGUGAUAUAUUUUACCUA